CCAUUUCUUGCGUCGCCUGACUUCUCUCGUGAGUUGCGACACACGCAUUCUCUGAGAGUGAAUACAUCGACAGGCCACAGGCAGUACAGCAUGGCAUCCUCAGCUCACAAACACCAUCACCACCUUCCUAACCCCUACGCCACCACCGCAGCUCCGCCGCCAACUCCUUCAACCCAACCCAAUGAGGCAGCCGACGCCCUCUCAUGUCUCCUUCACCGCCUCACGCCAAAUCUUACCCUCUCCCUCCCCACUCGCCACUCAUCCCCACCAGCGACCGCCGUUGUGACCACCCCUCCACUUAUUUCUCUUUCCGACCCUGCUGAAACUCUCCGUUCCAACCUCCUCUCUGCCGGCUCCCAGUUCGGCUUCUUCCAACUCACUAACCACUCUAUUCCCUCCCAACUCGCAGCCUCGGCCGAGUCCGACGCCCUCUCCUUGUUCAAUCUCUCCCCCGACGAAAAGCAACUCCAUUUCCCCAAAAACUGGCCACUGGGUUAUGACGCUGGCGACGAUGAUGAUGAAGAAAGCACGAUUUCUGGUGAGUCAUCCGUCUGCCUGGACUCGGCCUGUUCUUCCGAGUCAACCGAGUUAAACUUGACUUCUCUUCGUGAGUUCACGGCUGAUAUGGCUAAACUUGGACUACAGCUAACGGAAGAGCUGUCAUGUGCAUUCGGGUUUGACAACCCGGCCCGUCCGGACCCCAAUAAGGUCUGCUCUUUGAUGUGGAUAUCAGAUUCAAGGGGGACUUCGAGCAAUAAACCCGCUUUGUCGGGUCGGAUCUACCCGUAUGCUAUCGGAUUGCAGUACCAAAUUAGAUGCCAGAAGUACUCGAUAUUGACGGAUUCGGGUUGGACCGUGGUCUCGCCCAAUGUGGAUACCAUUUUAGUUACGCUUGGAGACAUCGCUCAAGUAUGGAGCAAUGGGAAGAUAAAGAAAGCACGAGGAAGAGCAGGGCCCAAUUUGUCUGGCGCCAAUAACUCAGACUGCGUAUCGAUGACUUUGUUGAUCACCCUGCCCGUUGACGCCACCAUCUCUCCCCUGCUUCCCAAGCUGGACAGUGGCAACGGGGAAGAAAGUAACCCCGAAAACGACUGCAGCUCCAAAUCCGCGAAAGAAGAGAGGAUAUUCAACUCCUUCUCAUUUGAGGAUUAUGCGUGGAGAAUCUAUCACGAACGUCUUCAUUCAAAGGACCCUCUUCUCAGAUACCGAGCUCAGCUGCAACGGCCCCUGUUAUUUCACACUUCUAUUAAUGAUGCAUAACGAUCUCCGAUCCACAACCCAUUUAUCUAUCUAUGGUCAUUUGUGAUGAUCCGCAAGCUGCUGCAAUCUGCAUCUUCCUAUGAGCUUGCAACUCUUUGGGUAAUCCAUUUAUAUAGCCUCCCAACAAAUGUUUUACCUACAUUCAUGGAAUUAAGAAGUUCAUGGCUUUACUUCUUGUUGGAUGUUGCUUAUUUUUUUUUAUAAUUUUUUGUUUUAGGCAUUUUGUAUCUUGUUUGGUCAUGUACUGAGACUUGGAGGAGAAAUUCUUCUUGUUCUUUUGCUAUGAAGUAUUGAUGGUUUGGCCUGUUUGUCUUGACA